CGAAAUGGCAUGAAGUGGUGAUCGACUUGCGUGAGGCAGGAUGACAGUACCUGAAAGGCACUCCUCACAUAUCAACACGAACAAAAUGUAGCGUCAAUAUUCUAGCUCUGGAACCGUUGCGGAAGCACGGAAACAUAAAACGUGGCUCUGUUCCUCUCUUUCCUGAGGCAAUCAAUGCCCAAACUGACCCCAAGUUGUUACCCUAUCCCGAUUCGAACACUAUGGAUAACACCUUUUCGGCCAAAUCGUCCGCCCUUCGAAGCGAUGCCUCGACCCCCAUUCCACCACCCAGUCCCGCCCACAACCAGACCUCCCUUGACAAUACCAGCGGCGGAAACGUUAGCCAAGAAUUGCACCUAAAAGAUGAAAUAUGGGACGAAACACAGACCGAGCUCUUUGCGGUUACCUGGCACGACCCCAAUAGUGCUCAUGUAAACAAAACCUACGUGGAAAUUCGCUCAGAGUUUUUACGCAGCACUCUGGCAGAAUGCGGCCUUGCCAUCAACAGCCGCCUACCAAGCACCAGGGACCUUAGCGGCUACCUACCCCAGCUGAAGAAACAUGAGAAGCGGUUAGGCCCAUUUAUCAAUUGGCUUAAAAGUGUCUCGACGCUGAAUGAUCCGACGUUCUGGGACGGUGAGGUGGACGAGAGGGAGGAUCCCACUUUUCAGUGAGCAGGCACCCGCGGGAAAUUUUACCGGCAGUAACAAUGCCGGAAAGUGUUGAUAUUGUUCGGGCGGUUCUUAUCUUCAGGAUAUGGUUUGAGGCCGGAUUCCAAUGAGCAAUUUCUGUUAACAGGCAAUGUUGUAAUGAGAAUUACUUUGUAUACACUGCUUGCUAUAAAUUGAAGUUAAUGCUCCUC